AUGCUGUUCCGAUGCCUCAGGGAGUUCACUUCCCGUCGAGGCGAGGAGCCCGAGGAGGCAGUGGCUGCUGCAAGUCUGCCUUCAGCCUGCCCGGGUCCUGAGCACCUGGACCCACUGUGCCAAGUGCCGGCCGAGGAAAGGUUGGACGGCCAGGCCCUUGGGAACCCUGGGGGUGCCAGGUCUCCGGACAGCGAGCCCCUGCUGGGGACCACAGCGGCAGCGCCCCCCUGGGCUGGGCCCACAGGGGAGGAGGAGGAGGAGGAGGAGUGCCCCGUCUGCACAGAGCCCUACGGGCCCGCGGGGCACCGCCUGGCCCUGCUGAACUGUGGCCACGGCCUGUGCUCGGGCUGCCUGCACCAGCUGCUGGGCUCGGCCCCCAGCGCCGACCUGGGCCGUGUGCGCUGCCCGCUCUGUCGCCAGAAGACGCCCAUGCUGGAGUGGGAGAUCUGCCGGCUGCAGGAGGAGCUGCUGCAGGCCGACGGGCCCCCGCGGCCCCCGAGCCCGGUGCCCCCUGCACCGCACCGCCGGGGCCCGGGGCCCUGGGCCUCCCUGGAGCACCGCUACCGACUGCGCUUCCUGGCGGGGCCUGUGGGCGUCCAGGGCUGCCUGCCCUUCCUGCCCUGCCCGCCCUGCCUGGGCGCCCGGCUCUGGGCGCUGCGGGAACGGGGGCCCUGCGCCCGCCGCCUGGUGCUGCUGGGCCUGCUGGGCCUCGAGCUGCUGGGGCUGCUGCUCGUCUUCACGCCCCUCAUGCUGCUGGGGCUGCUCUUCAUGCUGCUGGACCACGCCGGCCGCUGAGCCGCCACGAGUGGCCUGUGCCUCUGCCCCGCACCCCGCCUGAGGCGCCGACUGGCCACGUCCUGCGGGCCUGGUGCGCGGGGCCUCGCCUGGAGGAGCACCUUGCCCUGAGCCUGGUGACCAAGCUGACCGGGCCUCGCCUUCAAUCGAGACCCACGCCUGGGCCCAGGCUCACCCAGGAGCCUGUGUGCAGCCCCUGACUCCAAACCACUGCUGUCCAGACAGUGGCCCGCGGCGCCCAAGGACAGGGCUGGAAGGUUCGUGGCCACGGCCCCAAGCUCCCCUCGGGGACAGACACCACCCUGCCGGCCUCCCCCACCGCACCCGGCGUGGCUGAGAGGCCCAGAGGACACAGUGACCGGCGGCCUGGCAGUGCGUCCAUUCCUUGGAGGGUGGGGCCCGGGCAGGGGCGGCCGGCCUCCCCACCCUCUCGUGCCCGCGUCCCAGAUCAGGGCCCAUGUGUGUCCCUGAAGGUCGGGGCAGCCGAGAAGAGAGGCCCGUGCUCUGCAGACUCAGCCCACGAAGGGCCUCCUCGCCAGCCAGCUCGGGACCCAGGGGGCGCCAGGAGUGGCCAGGGCGGGCACAUGCCCCUGAGCUACAAGGGACAGAGGCCAGCCCGGCCUUAGUGCUGGAGCGCGGAGCCGAGCCCCCGCCUGCGGCAGCCCGUGUCAUUGAGCCGGGGCCUUCACCUGAAGGACGGACCCAGCCGGUCCCGGCACCGCCUCCCGGGCUGGCGACGUGCUGUGUGCUGUGCCGGCCCAGGAGACGCGUCUCAAUAAACAGCAGCAGCCGCUGGAACCACUGCUCCAGUGCCGUCCUCCCUGU